GAGAAUCACGCGUCCGAUCAAUCACAUUUUACCCUGUCGCCCACUUCCGAUCAUCGUGUGGACCCACGAUUACCAUCCGACGGCCCAUAGAGUCUACAUAGGAGAGUCCAUAGACGUGCGGUGUAGUAAAAUAUUGCUGAUAACUGGAUCGGGCUAUGUCCAUUGUAACCCACACACUCUCUCUCUUCUGUAACUCUGAAAUUGGAUUAUUGGCUGAAAAAACCUAGAUCCCGAUCACUGAAUUUGAUGUACGGAGGUUUGAAUUCGCGUUGUUGCUGAGUCUUUGAGACCAAUCAAUGGCGGGAAAGGCGGACUCAGUGACGAUCCGGGUUCCGUACAGGAACCUGAAGGAGGCGGAGCUGGAAAUGGUGGGACUGGACGAGCCUGCUCACAAUCGGAUCGAGCUCAAAUCGAGUUUUUCGCGUCCUUCCUCUUCGUCUUCGCCUUCGUCCCCUAGGGUUUCUAAUGGAGAAACCGACCUCUCGUCGUCGACGCCGAAUCCUCCCAGAUCCAAGCACAGCAGUUUGGUGACUCUGGUUCUCAGUUGUACGGUCGCCGCCGGUGUCCAAUUCGGCUGGGCUUUGCAGCUUUCUCUUUUGACUCCCUAUGUACAGACACUUGGAAUAGGACACGCUUUUUCUUCGUUUAUUUGGCUCUGCGGCCCUAUUACAGGCCUGGUGGUUCAACCAUGUGUUGGCAUUUGGAGUGAUAAAUGCUUAUCGAAAUAUGGAAGAAGACGUCCCUUCAUUCUUGCUGGAUCUCUCUUGAUCUCAGUUUCUGUGAUAUUAAUCGGGUUUUCUGCAGACAUCGGAUCCUUGCUAGGAGAUACAAAAGAGCAUUGCAGAACUUUCAAAGGUACACGAACCAUGGCAGCUCUUGUCUUCAUAAUUGGGUUUUGGCUUCUUGAUCUUGCGAACAAUACUGUGCAGGGCCCGGCCCGUGCUCUCCUGGCUGAUCUAGCUGGCCCUGAUCAACGAAAUACAGCAAAUGCUGUGUUUUGCUUAUGGAUGGCUGUUGGUAACAUCCUUGGAUUCUCUGCAGGAGCUAGUGGAAAAUGGCACAAGUGGUUUCCCUUCUUGUUGAGUAGUGCUUGCUGUGAAGCUUGUGGAAAUCUUAAGGCAGCGUUUCUUGUUGCAGUGGUCUUCCUGACUUUUUCUACACUUGUAACCUUAUACUUUGCUGAAGAGGUUCCACAAACUUUCAAAGAGCCCCAUCGUAUAUCAGAUGCUGCUCCUUUGCUUGAGGAUCAACAACUAAAUGGUGUUGACCUUUCACAACUGAAAUCUGAUAUGCCUGCCCUGCAUGGUGCCAGUGGCAAGAAUGCUACGGGUGGCCACGAUGGGGAUUUAAAGCACGUGACUUCAAAAGUUGAAGAUGAUCAGAGUAAUGGCUUUAAUAUUGAUGGCCCUGGAGCCGUUUUAGUCAAUCUGUUGACCAGUCUAAGGCAUUUGCCACCUGCAAUGCAUUCAGUGCUCAUUGUUAUGGCACUUAGUUGGUUAUCCUGGUUUCCUUUCUUUCUUUUUGAUACGGAUUGGAUGGGAAGAGAGGUUUAUCAUGGGGAUCCAAAGGGGAGCUUGUCUGAAGUAGAUGCUUACGAUCAAGGUGUUAGAGAAGGUGCAUUUGGUUUGCUAUUGAAUUCAGUUGUUCUUGGAAUCAGUUCUUUCCUUAUUGAACCUAUGUGUCAGCGGAUGGGUGCAAGACUUGUGUGGGCAUUGAGCAACUUUAUCGUGUUUGCCUGCAUGGCGGGAACUGCUAUCAUAAGUCUAAUAUCAGUUGGAGAAUAUUCUAAUGGGAUUCAACACGUAAUAGGAGGGAACGAAAGUAUUAAGACUGCUUCUCUUGUCGUUUUUGCCCUUCUUGGCUUUCCACUUGCUAUUACAUAUAGUGUUCCUUUUUCAGUGACAGCACAACUGACUGCAGAUUCUGGUGGUGGCCAAGGGCUAGCUAUAGGAGUUCUGAAUCUUGCAAUUGUUGUUCCACAGAUGAUUGUCUCUCUUGGUGCUGGGCCAUGGGAUGCACUAUUUGGUGGGGGAAAUUUACCCGCCUUUGUUUUGGCCUCCGUCUCCGCACUUGCGGCUGGUGUCAUCGCAAUUCGGAGGCUACCAAAUCUAUCCAGCAGCUCGUUCAGGUCAUCUGGUUUUCAUUUUGGCUAAUCACUAUUCUUAGUCCCGAUUGUGCGUGCUUGUAAUAUCUCAUAUCAAAAGAAUUAUUGAUCAACACGAUUUCAUUCAUUCUUUUCUCACAUCUCGUGUGUGGGGUAUUGUAGCCUUUAUAGAUUGUAAAGUUUCAUUCAUAGCGAAAAGCAAAUAGAUUCAUAUAAUUGACAAGAAUAAUGUUAUUACCAAAGAAAGUACUUGCCUCGGCACUGUUUUAAUAUCUAUUCGCACUAUUCACUUUAAACCCAGUCAGCUUUCAGAUUAGCAUUGCAUGUUUUCCCAUAUGGUCUGCAGUCAUAGAUGCAAAAAUAACCUUUUUAAAAGGGAAAACCAACGUUUUAUCUAUGUCGCAAAAAAGAAAAAAAAAAAAAAAGAAAAAGAAAAGGAAGCAAAGUCUAAUUUUGAAGCUGCUUUUCCUGGAAAGGUAACGCAAGAUUUUUGAUUGUGCACGUUGUUCCUCUCAAGUCA